CAGCGCUGGUUUGCACUAAAAUCAAACACGAUGCAAAUAUGAGGGUGGAUCUAGGCUUUUUCUGACGCUGUUUACUCGGAUUAAAGCGGAUAUUUUGUUGCUUUUGAUGUUUUUUGCGGAACUUCCAGUGUGAUGCAUCUGCUUGGAGCCGGGGCCAGUCGACGAGGAUGGGCAACAAGCAGACAACCUUCACCGAUGAGCAACUGGAGGCGUUCCAGGACUGCACUUUUUUCACCCGGAAAGAAAUUUUAAGGCUACAUGGCAGAUACCGAGAGCUGGCUCCACACUUAGUCCCUCUGGAUUACACCAACGGCCCUGACAUCAGAGUACCCCUGGCUCUGAUCGUCACUAUGCCUGAGCUUAAGGAGAAUCCUUUUCGAGACCGGAUAGUGGAGACGUUCUCAGAAGACGGAGAGGGAAACCAGAGCUUUAAUGACUUUGUGGACAUGUUUUCUGUUCUGUGUGAGGCCUCACCCAGAGAACUCAAGACCAUCUAUGCGUUCAAGAUCUAUGACUAUAAUCGUGAUAACUUCAUAUGUAAAGAGGACCUUCAUCAGACCCUGGUGAAGCUGACCAAAGGCGAGCUGAGUGCAGAGGAGGUGUCUCUGGUCUGUGACAAGGUCAUAGAGGAGGCCGAUCUGGACGGAGACGCUAAACUCUCCUUCAGCGACUUCGAAAAUAUGAUCUCUAAAGCUCCAGACUUCCUCAGUAACUUCCACAUACGAAUCUGAGAGGAUCCUGCUCCAACCUAGCAGUGCCUGUCCUGAACUCCCGUCUGCAGAGAGCCUCCACAAAGCACACAAAGACAAGCAAAACAGACAUUUGUGCAUGAAACGCUCUCUUCAAACACUCCAAACUUUACAAAAUGGACGUCUUUAAACCUGAUGAAACUCCAUGGGGCUAACCUGCAGAAGUCAGAAGCUUUGUAAAACUGAUACGGACAAGACAAGGCAGCAAAAAUGGACUUUACUUGGGAUUUUCUGAGUUUUGUGCUUGACAGAAAACCCCUUACUAUGAUAUAAUAGGUUGCGUUCAUGUGACAUUGUAAUAUUCGACAGAGCGUGGUUUCAAAUUGAGCCGGAGGGCAGGUCAAUAUUCUUUUAACUGUCAAAAUGCAUAUGUUUUGAGCUAGUUUAUGGUUAAUAUCUCUGUAAUUAUCCACAUGAAACAAAAACUAAAAUCUUCAUUCAUACACAUCACAGCAUUGUACAGGCCAGUAAUAUUUAGUACAGAUGGGGGGCAGCAAAAUGAAUUUGCCUGGUAAGUCCAGAAAAAUAUCUGAUAUGUACUUUUAUAAGGAGUGAUAUCAAUCUGGUCACCACUCCCUCCAUUGUCUCUCGAGCCAGGCUCAAACAUAGCCGUUCAAUCCGAUUUGUUUAUUUCAGUGGCACAUGUGAAAUGAAGCAUCUCAUUGGUCACUCAUCAUUUUGAACAAUUUGAAAGAUUAACAGAGUUUAGUCCUUUGCUCACUGAUUCUGCAGAAAUCCGCCAUUGUUGGCCUUUCUUUUUGCCUCAUAAGCAGCCAUAUUUGUUUUGAUCUGGCCAAUGCGUGUCCCAGAUUGGCUAAUCCACCUGUCAUAUACGCUCAUCUGAACUCAGGGAGAUUUACUGGUGACCAGAUUCACAUCUUCAGAAAGUACUGGAGAAGUGUGCAUUCUGGAUCCCAUGGCAACUGCCCUCCAUCUGAAAUUAUGACAUCAAAAUAAAUAUCGUGAACGCAACCUGUUACUUUUCAAAGCACAAAAGGGCCACACAGAUAAGAGCUAUGCAAUCCUAUGGGAGCAGCAUGGACUUCCUCCUCUGCAGUGUACAUGGCUUCUCUAGUUUUUCAUGUUAAACUCGUGGUUGUUGUUGUGACCGGUGCCUCAGACAAUCAUAGUCUCCUGUAGUUCAAGGGCUCAUGUGGUGAAGUGUAGAGUCGGCUUUGAUAAAACUUUUCCUGCCUCUUUAAGACGUUUAGACAGCAAAAAUGUCCUACGGCAAAGAAUGAAAUAAAAACUUUUAUCUC